AUGAUACCUCCAAAUUCCAAAUUGGCAUCAGAAAAUGAUUUAGAAGUUAGCAGCCAAGUAGCAUCCAACAUAUCUUUGCAUGAACCAUCCCCUGAUCCUUCCAAGGACAGUACUGCCACCCCUUCUUCCUCUCUCACGAAUCUCAUUAAGCUUCAAGAGAAUCCAGUGCCUGUUUCCCUUGACUUAUCACUCCACUUCAACUCCAGUGAAAUUGAGUUGAAAGGAACAGGUGAGACUAGCAGUGAAGUAGUUGCCCAUACUCCAACAGCAAACAUCCCAAGAGUUUUCUCUUGCAAUUACUGCCGGCGAAAGUUCUACAGCUCACAGGCACUUGGUGGCCACCAAAACGCACAUAAGAGAGAGCGAACAAUGGCAAAGCGAGCGAUGCGAAUGGGAAUAUUUUCAGAUAGAUAUACCAGCUUGGCUUCUCUUCCACUUCAUGGUUCUGCAUUUCGGUCUCUUGGGAUCAAAGCUCAUGCUGCAAUGCACCAAAGUAUGAUACAACCACAAGUGCCUUCUAAUACAAGAGGUGGAGCUAGAUUUGAGCAAGGCUAUUAUGGAAUGCCGAUGUUCAUGGAAGAUGAUUGUGUGGGUUCAUAUUGGCCGGGGAGUUUUAGGCAGGUUGGUGAGGCAGUUGGUGGUAACUCAGGUUCAGAGUUCUCUCAAAGACCAAGUAUGAAUUUUGAAGCAAGGGCACCACCACCUAGGACAGAUUCAUCAGCACCUGAUCUUACUUUGAAGCUCUGA